GGGUAAACUUUACAGAGACAGCAGGGAGUGAGAGAGGGGAAAGAGGAGAAGUUACAUCGACGAAUCAAAUCGAAUAUAAGUGGAGAGGGGGCUCUCCGAUUCCCACAGCUGAGCAGAGCAGCCACAAACAAGGGAGGAAGGAGGAGACGACGAAGGCGGCCGAGCAGGCGGCAGCAGCAGCCCCGCAACAGAGAUGGAGAGCACGGCUUUGUUAGCGGGGCUUCAGCCCAAUUCCCUAAUCUACCCCUCUCGUCAACCUCACACUCUCGGCCUCUUCCCUUCAUUCACUCCUUCGUCCGCCUCCUCUUGGGAGAGGAAACUCCUCUCCCCUGCUCCAUCCCUCAAGGUACCGUAUAGGCAGUCCCUUCUUUUGAGCAGCAAUGCCGGGCGGCCGCGGGCAUCCCACUUAAGACGAGACGCCACAUUAUCCGAGACUUACAGCGAUGUAACUGAAUUAGCCGACUUAGACUGGGAUAACCUUGGAUUUGGCUUCAUUCCAACUGAUUAUAUGUACACGAUGAAAUGUGAUCGAGGUGGAAAAUUUGCCAAUGGCGAACUGCAGCGUUUUGGGAAUAUUGAGUUGAGCCCUUCGGCAGGGGUGCUAAAUUAUGGCCAGGGAUUGUUUGAGGGUCUGAAAGCAUACAGGAAGGAAGACGGUAACAUCCUAUUAUUUCGUCCUGAAGAAAAUGCUCUGCGCAUGAGGAUGGGGGCAGAGCGCAUGUGCAUGCCAGCGCCGACUGUUGAGCAAUUUGUGGAAGCUGUAAAGGCUACUGUUCUGGCAAACAAACGCUGGAUUCCCCCGACAGGAAAGGGUUCCCUAUAUAUAAGGCCAUUGCUGAUGGGAACAGGCGCUGUUCUUGGUCUUGCUCCCGCUCCUGAGUACACCUUCCUCAUUUACGUUUCACCCGUCGGGAACUAUUUUAAGGAAGGUGUAGCACCAAUAAGCUUGGUGGUGGAACAUGAAUUACAUAGGGCAACUCCAGGUGGUACCGGAGGAGUCAAAACUAUUGGAAACUAUGCUGCUGUUCUUAAGGCGCAGUCUGUUGCAAAAGCCCAAGGCUAUUCUGAUGUUCUUUACCUGGACUGUGUACAUAAGAAGUACCUGGAGGAAGUCUCCUCAUGUAAUGUCUUUGUUGCAAAGGGUAAUGUUAUAUCAACUCCAGCAAUAAAAGGGACGAUCUUACCUGGCAUUACGAGGAAGAGCAUAAUUGAUGUUGCUCGUGGUCAAGGUUUCCAGGUUGAGGAGCGGCUUGUAGCAGUGGAUGAAUUGCUCGAAGCUGAUGAAGUUUUCUGCACAGGAACAGCUGUGGUCAUAUCACCAGUGGGAAGCAUCACUUACCGUGGUACAAGAGUGCCUUAUGUAGAGGGAGGUUUUGGCCCAGUGGCGCAGCAAUUAUAUUCGACGCUCACCAGACUACAGAUGGGUCUCAUCGAGGACAAGAUGAGUUGGACUGUUGAGUUGAGGUAAGGAAUCUGAAGUGAUCGAUCGAGUUAUAUCGCUCUCUUGUAGUAAGGGGGAUGCCGUUUCCUCCAUUAAAAUUAUCUAGCACCAGUUGAUUGAUGUAGAUGAGAUUUUUGCAGUGUCCACUUAAGGACUUGUCCGUAAGAUCUGCCCAAUGUUUCUGGUUGUGUUGUGACAACGACUAGGAUAUGUCUUGAAAUCUAUAAUCUAAUUUCUCGUUGGUGCUUUAAGUCGCGACCUGCUAAUUCGGCAAUUGCGUCUUCCAACGGCAGAUAUAAGACUUGCUUUCCGUCCUCA